AUGAUGUCGAAGGACGAGUGCUCUAUUUAUGAAGGAGCAUCUACGUUCAAUUUUGUGUUUCUGGUCUUGAUAACAGUUUUUAUAAUUAUUAGUUAUUUACCUCAGUAUCGAAGAAUCUAUUUGAACAAAACAUCAGAAGGUUUGUCCAGCAACUUUUUGCUUUUGGGAUCUGCGUCAUCAUUAUUCACAUUUACGAAUAUUAUACUUGUUAGUUCGAAGGCGAGGGCAUGCUGUUACAAAUUGAGCCUUUUCAACUGCAUCAAUUCCCAAACGAAUCUAACUCAAAUUGGAGUUCAGUGUACUUGUGCUAUUCUCAUACUAAUCUGUGUUAUAGUCAUUACAAAGGACUCAAUUAAACAGGACAAGAACGAAUAUAAUAAGAUCAAGAAUAUAGGAAGAGUGGUAUCUCUUCAUGCCUUCAUAUCCUUGAUACAAAUAGUUGUUGGACUUAGUUCGAACGACUCUGUAUUAAUGUUUAUUGCGAAGGUUAAUGGUUUGCUUUCGACGACGUUGACCGUUGUGAAAUACAUUCCCCAGAUUCACACUACGUAUAAAUUGAAAUACCCGGGUACGUUAUCAAUUGGAAUGAUGUGCAUUCAAACCCCAGGAGGGGCAAUUUUUACAGCAACCCUCUAUUUUACAAAAGGAUCCCAUUGGAGCUCUUGGGUUUCUUAUUUCGCAGCCUUUGUUCUUCAAGGAACCCUACUUUUGUUAUGUAUAUAUUACAAGUACUUCAAAGUGCAGGGUCUUGAAGCUGAGCUUUUAGAAAGAACUGACACUGAACGAAUAGUAGAGGAAAAUCUCGAACAAGAUAAUGAAGUUGCUGGCCAAGAAAGUCAUCUUUUACCUCAAUGA